ACUCUCAUUGAUCAAACGGACAUAAAAACUCUUGUGGUCACUCUCGUUUUGCCAGAAUUUCUGACUUAUUGCUUACUCUUUUCACACAACACCGCUCUCCUCCUACCUCCUCUCCAAAGCCUAAUAAAUAGGUACACCACGCUUUAUAAACCAAUCUUCGGCACAGCAAAAAAUAGUUUCCACUCCAACUCUUAAUAUAUUUAUCCUAUCAUGUCUUCUUCUUCUUCUUCUUCAACAGCUCUCCAAUGGCUAAGCCUUGUGGGAAUAAUAUGGCUCCAAUCCAUCAAUGGAACCAACACCAAUUUCCCAGCUUACUCAUCCCAGCUCAAAAACGUCCUCUCCAUGUCCCAACUACAGCUCAACAAUCUGGCCUUUGCCUCUGAUGCUGGAAAGCUCUUGGGUUGGUUUUCAGGCAUUGCUGCUCUCUACUUACCCCUUUGGCUUGUCCUUUUGAUCGGUUCGCUUCUCGGGUUAAUCGGCUAUGGCAUCCAGUUCCUCUUCAUCACAAACCAAAUCCCAUCUCCCUCCUAUUGGCAGAUUUUCCUCCUCACUGUUGUUGCUGGCAAUAGCAUCUGCUGGAUCAACACUGUCUGCUAUGUUGUCAGCAUUAGGAACUUCCCAUGUCACCAGCAGAUUGCUGUGGGGAUAACAACAAGUUACCAAGGACUGAGUGCCAAGAUCUACACAGAUAUUGUUGGUGCUGCAUUUUCUUCCUCGCCUCAGAGAAAAGCCAAGGCCUAUUUGCUUUUGAACGCUCUGUUGCCACUUGGGGUCGGCGUUGUCGUGGCGCCAUUGGUUAGAGAUAUUGGUGUAAUGGGAGGACCAAGAAACAUGGAAGCUGGGUUUAUUUCGAUGUUUCUGAUAACAAUUGCCACCGGAAUCUACGCCGUGAUCAGCAGUUUAGGGUCGAUUUCUAGCGGGUUAUCUCCCCUGAAAAAUGUGAUAGGUACCGGUGUGUUCCUAUUGGCCCCGUUGGUAAUUCCAAUCGUUGAGAAAAUGAGAGAAAAUUUGUCAAAAAAAUGGAACUUAAACAGAGAGAGAAGAGUGUAUAGUUUUACCAUGGAGGAGAAGAACAAUGGCAUAGGGAGCUUAGAAAUUGUGGCAGUGAAAGAGGGAGAAGAGUUAGAUGGUACCAUGGAGGAGAAGAACAAUGGCAUAGGGAGCUUAGAAAUUGGGGCAGUGAAAGAGGGAGAAGAGUUAGAUGGUAGGCAGGUUCAUGAGCCUUGUGUUAGAGAGGAGAUUGGAGUGAAGUUGAUGGUGACAAGGCUAGAUUUUUGGUUGUAUUUCUUUGUGUAUUUUUUCAGUGCAACACUUGGGUUGGUGUUCUUGAACAACUUGGGACAGAUAGCAGAGUCCCGUGGCUCAUCCAGGACUUCAUCUCUGGUCUCUCUAUCCUCUUCUUUCGGGUUCUUUGGGCGCCUCAUGCCUUCUCUUCUAGACUAUCUCUUCUCAAGGAGCAAGUAUACGAUUUCAAGGCCCGCGUUGAUAGUGGCAUUGGUGGCUCCAAUAGGAGGGGCUUUCUUUUUGCUUCUCAACCCAGCAAGCUUCUCCCUUUUCAUCGGCACAGCCAUUAUAGGAGUGUGCACUGGAGCAAUAACUUCAAUUGCAGUCUCCAUAACCACAGAGCUGUUUGGGACCAAGAAUUUCUCUGUGAACCACAAUGUGGUGGUGGCAAAUAUAUCAAUAGGGUCCUUUGUUUUUGGCUACUUGUCCGCUAUUUUUUACCGCAAGGAAGGAAAUCAAGAAGAUGGGAAGUGCAUGGGAAUGGCUUGCUACAGAAACACUUUUGUCAUCUGGGGUUCUCUUUGCUUUCUUGGGACUGGCCUAGCUUUAGUGCUUUUUGCACGAACACGAAAAUUCUACUCCCAAAGAUCAUAGAAUCUGUUUUUUAAUUUAUAAAUCUUUUAUUUUUAGAAACAUUUAUAGCUGUGUACAGGGAUGACAAAUUGGCCAUGUUGGUAUUUAUUGCAUCCCAAAAAGAAAAGAAAAGAGAAGCAAUUACAGUAUAGGAGGUAGUUAGAUGUUGAUCUAACUCUUUAGGUAGUAGCUAGCUAAUGACCAACCUUUGUUGUUUGUUACACAUGUAUUAUUAAGAAGUUUUGCAGCAUCAUAUCCAUUUUCCCA